AAAAAACAAGUAGUCACCUUCAACGUUGUUUGUGUAACUCACUACCCAUUCAGUCGAACCUCGCCAAAUCAAAGUCACAAACCACCACACAAGUACCAUGCAGGCAGCACAACACGCAUUAAUCGAUCCUCUGAUUGAGCCAGAUCCGAGCGACGAGACCGGGCUGAACUCACAUUUCCGUUCAACUUUUGCGCCCAUACGGGAUGGUCCCAUCACUCCACCCGGAUCUGCCGGAUUGUCCAAAGAUGGCUCACCCGUUAAGGUCCAGGAGCACCGCACUGGCAACUCAGUUGGAAGCAACCCUUUCAUUCCCUCUCAACACACAGGCAGCUCAGUCGGAACCAACCCUUUCCUGCCUUCUCACCAUACUGGUAACUCCGUAGAGACGAACCCGUACCGCCGACCGAGAGCCUCGUCUGAAGCCAAGGCUCCCUCUGCAACAGUAUCACAGAUUGGCCAGACUACUCCAAGGUCGAGCAGGUAUGAGUACCCGUCCCCUCCACAGUCUGCAAGUCCUCGCAAACAGCACUUCUCGGACCACCGCGCGGCUGCAUUCGGAUCCAUGAACGAGAGCCGACCCCGCCGAUCGAGCCAGCCAUCGUCAUCCAGGCCACAAUCGCAACAUGUAUCCGGACUGAGCCGUGGAGGAUCACUGAACUAUGGAGAGAGCUCUCCUCUAGACACGAUCCGCAAAGAGACCAAGACUGCGCACCGUGCUCACCAUCUUAGGAAAAAGAACUUUCAGGGUGCCGACGUCAUCGAUCGACUCGACAAAACCGGUGUAUCGCACUACCACCACGAGGGACCGUACGAUGCAGCCAGUAUUGCACGUAACAGAGACAAGAAGUACAGCCCUGUCGCGGCAGUACAGGACUCGAACGAGGAAGCGCUGAGGGCAACACCAAGGGAGAACAUUCAGGACGCUGUUGAGAGGCACCGCCCACUGGAGGGCGUUGCUACCGUCCCACCAGGCUUGACGGAUAAGUUCGGCCGUGUCUACAACUACGAAGAGGGCACCGAUAUGCAGCGUGACCCCCUGAACAAGGGCGACUACAAGCGAAUCCCAGGUGUUGAAUAUCAACCAGACGACCUGAAGGGCAAAGGCGAGCCAUCCUACACCAUUGAGAAGCAAUUGAAAGACCACAAGAGGCUCGGCGACAGCGGAAUUGAAAUGACAUCACGCCGUCACAGCAGGAGCGUAGGCCACACCGACGCGCUUGGCGCCAUCCCUGCGGAGAACCCCUUCGAGCCUGAAGCAUCUGCAUCCGGCAUUGGACGCAGCAACUCGGGCAUUGGCAAUGCGCUGAAGAAGCGAUUCGGCAGCAUUCGACGAAAGAAGCAGGAUGUUGACGCUUAGAAGGCGUUGAUGAUCAAAGCAUGCGAUUCGGAAUUCUAAGCAUCAAAAUUGUAUGAGUACGUGGAUGUUGUGGGAGUUGGCGGUUCUUUUGGUUUGUGAGCAGCUGUAUAGUAUAUAGACAGGCAUGUCAUACCCACGGCCGACAGGCGUGGAGUGUUGUAUAGCCGUUUAACGAAUAAUGACUUCACCAUCACAAGCCAUGUCUCUUUUUGCUUUGAUGGAAAAUCA